AUGGUUAAAUUUGAUUACUUAAAGCCAGAGUUUGACCUUUUGAAGCUGGUGGUUUCGAGUUUGGACAGUAUUGGUAGAUGUUUGUGGUUGUAUUUUGGUAGGUGGCUGUCUGAGUGUGGACAAACACCAUCAAAGAGAAAUGUUUUCCCAUUGGAAUCUUUCUUUAUUGCUGGCAACUAUGAGCAAGAGAGUGAUAUAAUAUCAAAAUUUGAGCUGCAAAUUUGGGACUUUACCUUGUGGUUAUUGUCCAUGAAAGCAAGAAUUUGGGGGGUGAUCAAGCAGGAUCUGCUUGAAGUUGAUUUAAUCAUCACUGGAAGUCUAUUAAUCAUCAGAGGUAAAAGACACCAGGAAGAGCUGCCACUCGCUCCUGCAUAUAAUCUUUCACUUAACGAUGUGGCUAAUCACAGUGCAAGGAUACAACUUCUUAGGAAAGAUUUCUGUCUGUCCUACUCACAUCUUUCCUCGGAUUGUCUUUCUUUUGGUGCUUCAAAAAUCGUCCUACAGAUUCAUCCACAAUAUUUGUGUCGCCCCACUAAAUUGUCUGUUGCUCGUCAUGGCAUCCGACAUUUCCAGCAUUGUGUUGCUGCAGUGGGAAAGUCUGAUUCUGUAUCCAACUCCGAGGCAGAUUCUGACCCCAACUCCAAGCCUAAGAGAAAAGGUCGAUUGAAGAAAGCCAAAGGUGCUGAAGCUGAGCCAGGCACCAAUUCAAUACCAUCACCAAUAAUCCCAAGGAAGCCAAGGCGUGGUCGUAGGAGUGAAGCACUUGCUGUUGAGGAUUUUAUACGUGACUCGCUUGAAAAAACAUUUGCUUCUAUCCAGGAGCAAAAUCCUGAUGUUUUUGUGAAUAAAGAGCAAAUUCUUAAAGAAAGUAACAACAAGACUCUAUCUGAUGAUAGUAGUGAAGAAGAUGAUGAUGAUGAUGACAAUGGUCAGACAGAGGAGCAAAUGGUUGUUGACGACGAUGAUCCUACUUGGCCAGUUGAUGCUGAAGUGGGAUGGGGCACUAGAGCAUCAAACUAUUUUGAAAAGUAUCCAAUUAAAAACAUUGUUGGAGAUGAUGGUACUGAAAUUGAUUGGGAAGGUGAAAUUGAUAAUAACUGGGUACAGGAAAUCAAUUGCCUUGAGUGGGAGAGCUUUGCAUUUCACCCAAGUCCGUUGAUCGUUCUUGUUUUUGAAAGAUACAACAGAGCAACUGAUAACUGGAAACUUCUCAAAGAGUUGGAGAUGGCACUCAAGGUUUAUUGGAAUGCUAAAGAUCGACUUCCUCCUCGUGCAGUUAAGCUGGAUAUCAAUAUUGAGAGAGACUUAGCAUAUGCUCUUAAAGUUAGACAGUGCCCGCAAAUACUUUUUCUACGUGGACAAAAAAUUUUGUACAGGGAAAGCGAUCACAGAACUUCAGAUGAAUUGGUUCAAAUGAUUGCAUAUUUCUAUUACAAAGCCAAAAAGCCUUCAUGGAUUUAUGAAGCAGCUCUAGCUUUGUAGUGUCAGUCGGUGCAUCAUCUAUAUCUCAUCUAAUCCUUGAUCCAAAGCUGAUUUAUCAGUCUAUUUAUAACAUAUCUUUUAACCUUUUUCCCCCUCUGUCAACGCAGGCAUGAAACAUGAGUUGGAACUAAGGAGGUUUAUACUAGAUUUGCAGCAUUGCAUCAUGUAUGGAGAUCGAGUUGCGGGUAAUCAUUUGCAAUUUCAUGCAGGAAUGGGGCAGAUGUAAUAUUGAUACAGGAUCUUAUUGCAUGCCUACCCUGUUCUUCAAAUAAUUUUGUUGGAUUUAGGACUAGGAGUAGAAUCUUCAGACUUGUAUUCUAAUGUAUAAUUUUUGUCAACUAGGAAUUCUUGUACCUUGUAAGUUGUAUUUUAAUAUAUUAACAAUGAUGUUAUGUAUAUUGAAAUGAUGGUUAAGUUCUCACCUUCCAUUCCAAA